CUGUCACUAGUGCAAACUUUAUCCUAACUUCUUCUGUGCCAACUUGCUGCACAGCUUUUCCAAGACUUGAGCUUGAUCCAUUUUGUGAACAGAAUCUAUUUUGUUCAUAAAUCCUGUGAGAGAAAAAGGAAAUCAUUACAUCAUACUGUGAUUAAAGAUUUAGUACCUUUUUAAAAUUAUGAAUUCAUGGGAAGGCAGUGAGCAUGGGAUUGAGUUUCAAGUUCUCAGGAAGAAUAUGCUUUAUUGUUCAUAAAUCCUCCCACUUCUGCUACACCCAACCUUUCCUCCUUCCUUUCCACUCCACCCUGUCUUAAUUCUUUGCUGUGCUCUCCAUUCGGUCAUGCUAUUCAAAUGCCACUGCUGUGUACCAGCAGCAUCACGGAUUUCUGUUCCUCAGCCUUCACCACACUGUUCCUGCAGGGAGCCUUGUUUUUUAUACAGAGUUCUGUUUGCCUCUGAAGCUCUGAGGUGGAGGAUGUUCAUUGUGAAGAGACUGCUGGAGACCAGCUACACAGUGCCAACAAAUCUCUUCUGCAACUAUGUAAGCUAAGCCACUCAUGACUUGGCCAAGUUUGUGCACGUUUUCUAGGCUGCCAAACUUGAACACAUUACUAAAAAGCACAGCUUUAAUUAAAUGGUUAUAAACAUUUUCUUAAUAUGAAAGAAAUGUGUAUUUCUGCUAAUUUGUUUUUGGAAAUGACGGAACUACUCUUGAUGGAACUUAAAAGAAAAUCACUAGCCUGAAUAAGGAAGUCAGUGUAGGAAAUUUCAGCUCUAACAAUUUCAGCUUGGCCAAACUAAAAGCAACUGAAACUGAGUCUUAUUGUUUGAGACCCAGCUGCAGAAAGCCCUAACAAAACUGUAGGCAAUAGCCACUUUACAUAUAUAGAAAUAGGACUGUGUUCCCAGCCCAUAUCUUUGAAAUUAUCAAUGUUUAAUUUUCUAAGAAAAUAAUGUUUAUGCAAUCACACAUCUGUGUGUUUGCAUAUUUCUGCCUCCCUUCUCCAUCACAUUUUUUAAUUCAAGGCUUAAUUUCAUUGAAUAAUUUACAUUGGAAGCAGCAUCUACACGUCACCUUUUCCAGCCUCCCACCUAAAGCAGGGCUAACUUCAACAUUAGAGCAGGUUGCUCCAGGCUUCGUUGAUUUUUUUAAUACCUCUGAGGAUGGAGUGUCCACAACUUCUGUAGGCAGCCUCCUUCACAAACUUAUUUUCUUGCAGAUUGCCUUGGGACUCCUUUUAUAAAAAAUACUAAUAUUAAUGUGCAAAUAAACUGUUCUGUCAACAUAUCUUCAUCAUUUUCUGCUGUAUCUCUUCAAGGUCUUGCUGUGAAUACAAAACCAGUUAUUUCAACAAAAAUGUACUUGUUUCUCCAACUCCAACACUUGCAAGAUUUGAAAGUGAAUCUAGGAAAAAAAAAAGUUUCUGAAAGAGAUGGGAAACAUUCCAAUUAGGUUUUAUUGUGUCAUCUGUAAAAAGGUCCCACAGUGUACUUUCCUGAUUCAGAUUCCACGCUUCUGCUCUGAGUAAUGUUCCAGCAGGCAGGAUGCUGGGGAUGGGGCGCCCAACACAAAACCCUGCUGGAGCAUUGAGCAGGCUGGACAGUCAGAAAACACAUCUGAAAAGUAUUUGUCUGCAAUAUCAGCUGUAUCUUCUUCUGAACAGCCAUUUCUUUUGCCUUUUAAAGAAUGAGAUGGGACUAAUCAUCUUCUUCCUAUGUGCUUAUGUACCAAAGACAGCAGCAGGUCAUUGCAAGUGGGCGGAAGUUCUGAAAGAUUUGGAGCAGAUCAAGACAUCCAAAGACAUUGAUGUCAGUUUAUAUACUGCAAACACAGAUGAGGGUAAAGAAUGUCAAGAACCUGUAAUGAGAUGCUUUUUCUUAGAGACGGAAGUGAUACUUCAAGAAUGUCUUAUCAAAAAUUGUAGUAAAACACAGGAUGUAUGGAACAUAUGGAAAAAUGGAAACGCAAGCUUAGAAAAUAACAAGUUGAAUUCCAAAACAUCAGCAAAAUGCAAAGAAUGUGAAGAGUAUGAAGAAAAAAAUUUUACAGAAUUUAUACAGAGUUUUGUAAAGGUUAUACAGAAGGAAUGCAAACACUGACCAAAUGACACAAGCUGGGAACCAAGAUUCUUCCACAAACACCCUCAGAGAAAUUAGAUUAUCACCAACAAUAAACUGGAAAGAACAUCACUUACAAUCCUACUUACAUAGCAUAACACGUAAACAAAGAAUAAUAAAAUCACUGUAAUUCACAAUGUGUUCAUAACUGAAUACAUACAAAUGAUAAUACUUAGGAAAUAUAAAUGACAGGAGUUUAACAGUGUUUAAAGCUUCUUCUUGACUUAAAGUAAGUCUUUUGGUAAGUCCACCAGAAAAGAAAUCCUGCCUAAUUUACCAACCUUUCACAAAAUUCUCUAAGAAGAUCUCAGGGUAUCUGCAGUAGGAACCUCCUCAUGAACAUCAGUUCAGGGCUAACUGAAUGGGGUUUCAGAGAAAAGCUCUUCUUUUAUUAUUAUUAAUAUAAAAUUAUCAUAACCUUUUAAAGCAUUUGGCUAUAGCUAUUUUUGUUAUCUGAAAACUGUCCCUUUACCAUCUGUGCUCCUAGAAGAUCCUAGCUCAUCUCUCACUUCUGUUGUUAGUCAUGUCUGACAGUUUUCCUUGCAAUUUUUUUUUCUUAUUAACAUUCCUUCAACGAACUAAUGUCAAACCACAAGCUGAGGCCUAUUUGUCUCAAAGGUCUAUUGGCUAUCUCUUAAUAUAUUUAUUUCUACUAUGGUUUUCAGGUAAACCCAAUUACUUCUUUUACCUAAGAAUUUAAAGUCAAAAGUUAGAAUAUUUCUUUAAAGAUUCUUCCUUACAUUUUUUCCCUUUUGUACAAUGGUAGCAUAAGGGCAUUAAAAGUUACCUCCAGUCUUCUCAACAGAAGGUAAUGCUGGUGCUUGGUUCCAUUGUCCAAUGACAGAACAUGCUUUGUUACUUCAUUUGCUACCUCUGACGCAGACACUACCUUAGUCAUUAUGGUAAUUACUACAGUUCCUUUAGCAAUUACCAAAGAUUUCAAUCUAAAUUUCAACCAAAGAAAAGCAGCGUAAAUUUCAUUCUCUGAAUAAAGGAGGUGACCAAAUCUCUUACACACACCACAUCUCUUACACAUUUCUUAGGUAGAAAUCUUUCCUACGUAGGAGAGUUUGUAACUUUGGUCUCCUUUUGGGGCAAGAACUUUGAAGGCAGGAAUCACUUUUGACCAGUUAUUGGAAACCAUGAUAACCGUAUUUCUAAGACUCAAUGCCUCACCUGUCCCCUGUUAGUUCUGAAAUGUUACAUAGUCUUCUUUCAGCUCUUUCUAAAGUAACUGCUUUCUUCACGAUUCAUAACCACGUCAUACCAACUGCUAUCCAUAAUAAGUAAUUCUUUCCUCCAGGCCCCUCCAUUUCUCCAUCUUCAUUUGUGUGCUGGUUUCGGCUGGGAUAGAGUUACUUUUCUUCAUAAUAGCUAGUAUGGGGCUAUGUUUUGGAUUUGUGCUGGAAACAGUGCUGAUAACACAGGCAUGUUUUAGUUAUUGCUUACACAGAGCCAAGGGCUUUUCUGCUCCUUACCCCACCCCACCAGCGAGCAGGCUGGGGGGGCACAAGUUGUUGGGAGGGGACACAGCCAAUAUCAUAAGAUUUGCUUUUCUCACAGUUAUACUUAAAGAUGACUGAGCUGCCAACCUCUUCCUUGUAGUAUUGGGAAGACAGGAAAAAUGAAACAUCCACUACAGGACUGAAAGAAAACAGGAGGAAGGAAAAAGAAGUGAGAGCCACCUUAAAUAAUAACAGUGAAAUCAAAAUUAUUGCAACUCACUGUGAAUCUACUGCAUCAGUUCUUUCUAAGUAGCAGAAUUUGGCAAGGGGCUGGAUGGAAAUAAGGAUAUGCCUGCAAUUUCGAAGUUAAACAGUAAAUUUCAAAGAGUAUUUCCCACAACUGCAGUCAAAUCAUUCAUGACUUUCCCCUAACAGGCAUCAAAGGGGGCUUUUGGAAAACUUUGGAAAUUCCCAUCCUGAGUCACUGAGCCAAGGUCAUGAUGGGAUGUCUUGGCAGGAGGAUUAAGAAUGUGAGAAUGAACUAGCUGCUGAGAACAAGUGGAUGAAGCAAAAGCAAGAGACACAAACUUCAUUGUAUCCUCAAGUCAGUAUUGGUAUUCUUGAGAAUAGAAAUAGUAUUAAUUUUUAUCCAAAGUGGCCUUCACUUGCAGCUCAUCUAUAUGAAGGUGUACCUUACUAACAACGGAAACAGCAUUGCAUACCAGAAUUUCUGUACAUCAGAAGACUGAUCAACAUGACACUAAGCCAUACUUAAAAGGAAACUAUUCUGUAGUGUGUAAAGAGCUACACCUUCUCGAGAGGCAGAGAAAGAGCAAUUAAACUUUGCUGCUAUGCUCUCUAUGGAAUAUUACAUGCACUUAAGGAGGAAAAGAAAGCCAUAAAUGAGUAGGUUAUGUAUUUUGCAAUAAGAAGAUCAAAUCAGCAUCUCUAAGCUGUUUCCUUCCAACUAUUUUCCUCCAAAACCUGGAAAUGUUGGAGAAUUCUCAUCUCCUCAUCAAAAGGCUUAAUUAGACCAAUAAUCAACACCUUAAAGACAGACAUAAAGAAAUAAAAAUCUUCCAAAACCUCACCCUCUUCUGAAUGCUUAUUAGAGGUGGUAUUUUCUUGGUCAAGUCAAGCUGAUCAGGAAUCAAUUGGAUUUGUAAAAAUGGGGGAGAAGAUGGGCACAUACAAUAAAGAAUGAAAUAUCUGUUUAAAUGACUGGCUUAUCUGUACCAUGGCAUAGGUAGGUCACUACCUCUAAAAGUGAAAAAAUAGGGAAAAAAAGGAAUGAAGUUAGAAAAUAAACAGAAAUCAGGGAGAUUUCUGGGAAAUUUCUUGAGAAAUACAUAAGGCUAAAGAACCUUAUUUUAACUUUAGCAUACAAAUGAAUAUCUUAUCUUGGUUCUCUUCCUUCUGAGUCUGAAUCAGAUUUUCUCAGAGAUGAGUGGUGACUAAUUAUUGGGUAAAAGCUUCAAAGUCUCAGCCAGAUGGUGAAUGGGGAGUGAAGCAGUUGAAGAAAUGUCAGGAGUUAUCUCAUGUAUGAGGCAUAAUCUUUAGAACAUGUCUUUGUGGACAAAAGAAAUGAAUUGAUGUAAAUACCUUCAUCCUCAACUAAUUUAUUAGAAUCCAUUUGUAAAAACAUAUGGCCAAGAGAAAUGGUUCAUGACAGAGUUCCUAUCAACUGUGACUCUAAUGCUAUGUCACCCAAGAAAAGAAUUUAAUCUUUCGUGCAAUUCCUUCAAAAUCUGAUUUCCCUGGGGAACAUAACCAGGUUUAUAUUCCAACGGGAUGUCUCCACAGUUCUUGCAAAUUUCCAAAACCAAGUAUUUACUUAAGAUUUAUCUUCUAAUACAGCUAGUCUUUCAUCAUAUUCAAAUUCCCCAGGCAAGAAAAAACAACAGCAUGGUUUCACUCCCAGACUGUAAUUCCAUGAAGUCCUGAAACUUUGCCCCUUUGUUUCUUUUCCUAGUGAGACUCAAUACUCCUGCAAGCUUUCCACUUCAAUACAUACAGACCAGAGUUCAAUCUCCAUGUACAAUUACAGAAACUCGGUAGUAACCCAGAUAAACCAACCUGCUACGUGGCUUAAUAUAUCCUCCAGCAACCUCACUUUCCUUUCAUAUGUCUCACAUCAACCACUUUUACAGCAUAAAAAGGAUUAUCUGCACUUUCUUUUGAGCAGAAGAGUAUUCGUCAAAGUUACAGGCUUUAACAAAGUUUGCAGCUGACUGAAACUCUUCUGCCUUACAUCACUUCUCCCGGUGCCAUUAGCUUCUUUAGCAUAAAAAGAGGUUCAGUAAUUCUGACUUCCUACUUUGUGAUUACAGUUUUACACAAAAUACUGCUUUCUUUAAACCUGAUGAAAUGGACCUGAGAAUAGCCAAAGUUUGUUCAGUGCCAAAACUUUCUAUAUCUUUCUGUAAGUGGCCGUGCCUUUCAGAUUAAAUAAAUGUGCAUAAUAUAUGAUAUGGAAAACUAUCUGAUGCUCAGGGGGUCAACAUGCAGCACAUAUAUAUAUAAAAAUAAAAAUACAGUUUUAUAUAUGUUAAAAAGCAUAUCUAUAGAUACACUCUAUUUUAUGUUUUGAUUAUUCAAUCUUCCUAUGAAUCUGUAUUUUCUGGUGUUUUGUUUGCUCUGUCCAGAUGGUAAAUUUACCAUUAAGUAACCUGUGCUGAUUUUUUUUUCUAGUAGAAAGAAUUUUUUUUUUUCUAAGUUAUAUUUAUGAACAAAUAUGUGCAGCUGUUUUAUAUGAUGAUACAUUAAUAAUGUUGCUUUUGAAUAGACACUGGUCAAACUCAAUUAUGAGAUAUGGUCUACGCCAGAACAUAUUAAAUGAUGAGAACUGUGGUAAUGUUAGAAUAUAGUAAUAAAAUAAUAAUAAUAUAAUAAUACAUAACCAUAUUGUUUAUGAGUUUAUGACACACAAUAUAAUCAUAAUCUAAUAAUAAAAUAAUGUUGCUUUAAUACAAUAUAAUCACACUGCUUUAUGUGUUCAUUCCCAUACUGUUUAUGAUCAAUAAAAUUCCUAACUCUGCUUAUUCAA